AUGGCCGUAACAGAAGAAAUAGCAUUACAUACAGCUGUCGCAUCUCACGAUACACAUUUUCCUACUAUUAUCAAGUUCACGAAUUAUUCCAAGCUGGAGAGAUUGAUCAGAAUAAUGGCAUAUUGUCUGAGAUAUAUCGAUAUCGCCAUACAUAAAUUAUCACCGAAGGGUCCCUUUACGGCGGAGGAAUUACAGCAAGCAACAAUUGUAUUGGACGGCACGCUGCGCAUAGGAGGUCGUCUAGGACAUUCAGACUUUCCGUUGAACAAAAGACAGCCGAUGAUACUCUCCUCAAAACAUCACCUGACUAAGCUCUUGUUCGAGAGUGAACACAAGCGUUUAUUACACAUCGGACCGCAAGCGUUACUGGCGCAAAUGAAGGAGCAAUACUGGACAAUCUCAGGUCGUAAUUUAGCCCGCCAGGUGGUGCAGCGCUGCAUACGGUGUUUUCGUAACAAGCCUAGAACGAUUACACCUCAGAUGGCCGACCUACACCGGGAUCGAGUCAAUCCGACUCCGGCUUUUUAUAACACUGGCGUGGAUUAUGCCGGGCCCAUCAACACGAAAGAUCGCAAAGGACGAGGCGGUAGGACUUACAAAUCAUACAUCUGCUUAUUCGUGUGUUUGACGACUAAGGCCAUCCAUUUAGAGUUGGUUUCCGAUCUCACAACCGAAGGUUUCAUACUCGCUCUGCGCAGAUUUGUGGCACGGCGAGGGAUGCCCAACAAAAUAUCAUCCGGCAAUGGCACCAACCUUGUUGGAGCACAUUCCGAAUUGUUACGACUCGGAGAAUUCCUCACCAAAAACGAAGGUGAAUUAGCAAGUCAUUUAGCAUCCGAAAGGAUCAAUUGGAGUUUCAUACCUUCCUAUUCACCGCAUUUCGGAGCCGUACCAUGCCCGAAUGUAACUGAUAUCAAGGAAUCCCGUUUGUCGCGAUAUCAAAGAAUACAGCAGAUUCAACAGAACUUCUGGAAACGAUGGUCGAAAGAAUUCAUUUUUGAAUUGCAAUGCCGCACCAAAUGGAGAGAAAACCAAGGAAAGCUCAAGAUCGGAGAUUUGGUGCUCAUAAAGGACGACAAUCUUCCUCCACUCCGUUGGCGUCUCGGUAGAGUCGUCGAAUUACAUCCCGGAAUAGACUUAGUGACUCGAGCAGCUACUGUAAGGACUGCUAAGGGAUUGAGUCGACGUGUUACGUUAAAAUUGUGUCCAUUGCCAAUAGAAGCAACGCCACAAGAAGCUGAUCCUCAACAGUCUAAUAUCUAG